AUGACUGACGUCGCAGAGAAGUCAGACUACCACAGCGGGAGCAGCGAUGAAGGCUCUCACAUCCCCGUCUACGAACGCCCCAAAGGCUUGAAAGGCUUCUACCACCACCCAGUGACCCAAGUGACGAUGCUCGGAUUCGUGUGUUUCAUGGGUCCAGGUCUAUUCAACGCCCUCAACGGCCUCGGAGGAGGAGGCCAGGUCGACUCAACCACCAGUGCCAACGCAAACUCCGCUCUAUACGCCACAUUCGCCGUUGGGGCGUUCUUCUCUGGCUCGAUCAACAAUAAACUCGGAUCUAGACUGACCCUGCUCCUCGGUACGACCGGGUACUCGCUGUACAUUGGUGGUUUCCUCGCUAUGAACAUCCAUCCCAACGCUGGUCCGUUCGUCAUUAGCGCUGGUGCCAGCCUCGGAAUUUGUGCCGGAUUACUGUGGACGGCCCAAGGCUCGCUGAUGCUCGCGUAUCCAACCGAAAGCCAGAAGGGCAAAUUUAUUGGAAUAUUCUGGGCAAUCUUCAAUCUUGGAGCUGUUGUCGGUGCAAGCGUCUCUUUGGGACAGAACUACCACUCGACAGCGAACUCUGUUGGAAAUGGAACCUAUGUCGGAUUCCUCGUCCUAACUCUAAUCGGCGUUACCAUCCCCUUCCUCAUGGUGAACCCAACACAAAUGAUCCGGACCGACGGUACGAAGGUCACCGCACCGCGGCACCCUUCCUGGCGCGUCGAGCUCUACGGGCUCUGGGUGACGCUCAUCACUGACCCGAUGGUCAUCCUCCUGUUCCCGAUGUUCUUUGCGUCGAACUGGUUUUACACAUGGCAGUUCAACGAAUUUAACAACGCCCUGUUCAACAUCCGUGCCCGGUCGUUGAACAACCUCGUCUACUGGCUCUCCCAGAUCGUCGGCUCGGUCAGCAUCGGCCUCCUGCUCGACCAGCAGCGCAUCUCGCGUCGCACGCGUGCGUUCUCCGGAUGGACUAUCUUGCUCGUCAUGGUCUUCGUCGUGCAUAUUUGGGCGUACUUCUACCAGAAACAAUACACACGCGAAUCCAUCCCACCCGACGCAACGAAGAUGGACAUCUUCGACCAUGGCUACGCAGGGCGGAUCAUGCUGUACAUCUUCUGCGGCCUGCUCGACGCGAUGUGGCAGACGACCGCGUACUGGAUCAUGGGCGCCAUGUCGAACGACCCGGCCAAGUUGGCGCAUUUUACUGGAUUCUAUAAAUCAAUCCAAUCAGCAGGAGGUGCAGGUGCGUGGCGCGCAGAUGCCGUCAGGACUCCUUUCAUGAACAUGUUCCUCUCCACCUGGACCAUCCUCGUCGCCGGACUCAUCUUCACGCUCCCCAUGAUUCAUCUGCGCGUCAAGAACCAUACCGACCUGGGUGACGAGGCUCUAAUGCGCAUGGACGACACCGGUCGGAUCGCCGAGUCGGGCGAGGUACGAAGGCGAGUUAGGCCUAUGCCAGAGCCGGAGCCACAGCCAGAGAAGGCGUGA